AUGGGCUCCACAGAAGACCUUGACUAUCCUCAAAUCAUAUUCCAAUACACCAAUGGAUUUUUAGUCUCAAAGGUUAUGUUUACUGCCUGCGAGUUAGGAGUGUUUGAUCUACUGCUGGAGUCAGGAGAGCCCCUGUCUUCAGAUGCCAUCGCUGCACGCUUGGGUACCAGCCCCACCGGGAUGGAAAGACUUCUGGAUGCCUGCGUGGGAUUGAAGCUAUUGGCAGUAGAGGUGACGAGAGAAGGAGCUUACUACAGAAACACAGAAAUUUCCAACCUCUACCUUACAAAAUCAAGUCUCAAGUCUCAGUGUCAUAUUAUGAUGUAUUACUCCAAUACAGUCUAUUUGUGCUGGCACUACCUGACGGAUGCUGUGAGAGAAGGAAGAAACCAAUAUGAAAGAGCUUUUGGCAUUUCAUCUAAAGACCCUUUCGGAGCAAUGUACAGAUCAGAAGAAGAAAUGCUGAGGUUCAUGGCCGGCCAGAACUCAAUAUGGCGUAUAUGCGGUAGAGAUGUUCUUGCUGCAUUUGACCUUUCCCCUUUCAGGCAGAUUUAUGACCUGGGAGGAGGUGGAGGAGCUUUGGCCCAGGAGUGUGUUUCUGUGUACCCAAGCUCCACGGUCACCAUUUAUGACCUGCCGAAAGUCGUGCAAGCGGCCAAAGAGAAACGGUUUGUUCCUUCUGAGGAGCGUCGGAUCGCUUUCCACGAAGGAGAUUUUUUUAAAGAUUCAAUUCCAGAAGCUGAUCUCUAUAUUUUAUCCAAGAUACUGCAUGACUGGGAUGAUGACAAAUGCAAGCACCUGCUGGCAAAAGUCCACAAGGCUUGCAAACCUGGUGGUGGAGUGCUGCUGGUUGAAUCACUUCUGAAGGAAGAUAAAAGUGGACCUUUAGAAACCCAACUAUAUUCAAUGAAUAUGUUGGUACAGACUGAAGGAAAAGAAAGAACACCAGCAGAGUACAGCAAUCUCCUGCAGGCAGCUGGCUUCACAGAGAUUCAAGUCAAGAGAACUGGAAAGCUCUAUGAUGCUAUUUUAGGAAGGAAAUAAUUGUAUCUUCUUUCUUCUGUCUUGUUAGGUACAUCAGUGGGGAAAUGUGAUAUGCUUUUCUUAGGCAGCAGUCAUCAACUUAGCUCUAGCUAAGGCAUUGAAC